CUCACGUUGUCCCCUCUGGAGCAUCGAGUAGAAUUCAUUGCGCUUGGAGUUCACAGUCUUUCGCCGUCGGUCAGUCGAUAGUCCUCAUCGUGGAUCAUUUUCGAGUAUUUUGUGUAGCAAAUUGUACGGGUGAGCUCCCGUGUGUGAAAGUUUGAUCCGAGCUGAGCUAGCAAGGUUUGUGAAGCCGAUACCGGAAGUGUUCAGACAGUGUUGAGAAGCUAGACGGUGCUGCAGGCUCUUUUCCUACUCAAUAUGGCUGUGCAACAAUCGAUUAUAUUGGCUAGCGUUCUGCUGCUGUUUGUUGUGCAUAGAGGUGAUGCCAUCAAAUGCUACGUAUGCAAUAGCGCUGAAGACUCCCAAUGCUCGUACGAUGUACCGCCGACGGACAUGCAGACGGACUGUGACACCUACAAGGAUGGAAACAAAUAUACUUUCUGCCGGAAGAUCAUUCAGUCCAUCGAGUUCUCCGUUAACAAUCUUCCUCCGGAUACGAGAGUCAUCCGUGGUUGCGGUUGGGAUGAAUCCACCUACAAGGGUAAGUGCUAUCAGCGUUCGGGCUUCGGAGGACGCCAAGAGGUAUGUGCCUGCUUCGAGGACAACUGCAACAGUGCCUCAUCGCUGCAAGCUACCCUGGGACUGUUGCUGGCCGCAGCAAUUGCAUUCUUAGUUCGAGCUUAAUCCUACUGUGUGUAGAACCGAAGGUUUUAAUUGUGAGGAAAAAAUCACCACGUCGCUUAUAUAUUUUUAUUUCCAUUGGACUUACACAAGCAGACUGCGGUAAUAUGAACUAGAACGAAAUAAUGAUAAAAAAAUACAAUAACGCGUCUUAGAACAGGCAAGUCGGCGAAGAUUUAAAAGAACACUCGCUGCCAGCGACGAAUAUAAUGUUGAAUAGUCAAUAGAUUUAAUUUUUAAAUUAUAUUUUCAAUAUCAACAGGUAUAUACAUAGGUACAAAACACAUUGCUAUAUUUAUGUAAUUGCAGAAUGCUUUUCGUAAAAGCUGCGUUAUUCCCGCAAAUUGACGGUUCAAACUUUUCUAGAUGAUAUGAAUGAUUAAAGGAAAACCAUGGGAUAAUUUGGUGUAACUGUUGAACAAACGGUUUGUUUCCGUCCUAGGAAAACAAAUUCCAAUCAUGACCAUACUUUGUGAAAGUUUGUUCCUUCAUUGAUGCGUGGAAUGGUAGUCGAAUGCAAUGAUGAUUAAGUUAUAUCAGCAUCAAAUAUGCGUAGAAGCAUUUGUUUGUAAAUAUGUGUUACGUUAUUGUAUGAAAGCGAUCGGUUUAGUCGUAGUGAUAAUUGCAGUUUUAAUAUUUCGAUAACUUUUCGGAGCAAGUUUCCUUUUUCGAUCAUUUUGUCACAUUGGACUUUGAUGAAACAAAUAUUUACUGACUUUAUCGCGAAAGGGAAAUUAGAGGAAAAUGAAUUUUCUUGUUUUGGUUUCCAAGUGUUUCAAAUUUUGUAAUUUUUCGAUAUCGGAAACCCUUACGGGGUCUUCUAACCUACCUAUGCUGCAAUUCAUGUGGAUUGCCUGUGUUGUGGAUAAACUAAAACUAACAAGAAACAUUCGCUUAUUGUAGAGUUUACAUGUUGCCGUCAAUAAAUAAAAAAAAAAUCAAAUAGGUUAUAGGAAGCUAAGAGAAUUCGGAGCUAAGGGUUUCUGUUAGAGGCUGAUCGUGGAAGGAUGCGAGUUUACCAUGCCUUUGGUACGCUGGCCAGUGAACACUUCCUUCUACCAGUCGUUUCACCGCCCUAGUAAAAACAAGAGAAACUACAUGUACGAAGAAGUUAGUUAGUGAGCUCCCAUUUAAUAUAAUAAAACUAUAUUUUCUAAUAUCACAAAUAGAAAAGUUUAUCGUUUGUAUCUUUUUACGCGAAAAUAGAGAGUGUUGCUAGCGCAGCGAAGCACCACUGUCAUUAAAUUGAUCGAAUUAUUUUUUUUUUUUCAAAUAACAAAACAGAAAAUAAUUAGAGUUUUAAGAAACACCGAAUGUUAUUUAAGAGAAAAUAAAACAAACGAAAAAUAUACUGCUUUAUACGCUGAUGAAAUCGAACUUAUAAGGUAGAGAAGUGUUAGUAAUCAAUAAAUUGUUUAAAAACAAAACCAUGAAAGCAAAAAAAUAAUACAACCUUGUAGUGUUCAGCUAUAGAAACAGUUAGCCUUCGAUGAAUGAUCGUUCAUGGAUUCAAGUUAAGAUAACUCAGCUCCAAAUUGUUCCCGUGGUUGCUUGAACAACUUUUUUUUUUUUCAACUCACGUCAACAGUAGCUUUCAACAGUAAAGUGCAGUUCAAGAAACAUUGAAGCGAUAGUUAGACUGCUUUCCUAGAAUGAGCAUAAUUAUUGGUCGAUCCUGGUAGUUAAUCGGCAUCGGGAAGUUUUGUUCAAUUUUUUAACACGAUAAAUGGAACAGGAUAGCAUGCGAAAAGCUUUUAAAUAUUUGAACAGAAACGAAUGAAUAAUCACACAAUAGGAACGGUCAAAGAAACUAUUUAGGAAGAAAUAAAUAAAAAAAACAUGUUUGGGUCCUCGAAGUAAA